GAAUAAUGGGAAUUAAUCUUUAAUCUUUCAUUUUGAAUACAAAUAUUGUCUAAUAAAAUCGUAUGAAUUACAUAUAUUCGUAGAAAUGGACCAAACUGAAAGUCUUCCAGUAUUAUAUAUCCGAGCAAAGAGUCACUAUGAUGUUGGACAUACUAUUGGUACGACUUUUAAAGGAUGGAUAAAAGAUUAUCUAGACACUUCAAACGAUGUCAAGCAGUAUAAAAAGUUUUACAGCUGUGAUGAAGGGAGUCAAAUAGUUCAGCAGUAUUUGUCAAGCAGUCGUAAACAUUAUCCGAAUAUUAUGUCGGAAAUUCAAGGCAUGGCGGACGGAGCGGCAGUCAAUUUUGAAGACCUUUUCUUACUACAACUUUCUUCGGAAAUUGAGUUUUGUCAUUUGAAUGAAAUUCUAGGAGACCAGGAAAGUAAUCAGGUGGAAAAAGGCUGCACUGAUGUUUUAGUUAACAGAAAACAAUGCAGGGUGAUUGGACAUAACGACGAUUGGACAAAUGAUGUUUCCUCCCGCGUUUAUAUUGUUCACGUGACUAUUUUAGACGAAACUGAUCACGUGACUGAACAGUUCGUAUCGUUCAGUUAUCCUGGAUACUUAACAGGGUUUUGUUUCGGAAUGAAUCAAUCUUUGGUUAUAAGUCUGAACUCACUGUCACCGAAGAGAGCUAAUAAGAUGGGGGUUCCACUAGCAAUUCUGCUGCGUUCACUUUUCGCUUAUAAUAGCAUAGACGAAUGCUACAACGUCAUGGAGAGCAAGCCAUAUGGUUGUGCUUAUGGAAUGACUAUAAAUAUUGCUUCUAUAAAUGGAACUGAGAUGUGCUCCAUGGAAAUAUACCCACAGGAGGGGAAGUCUGAAGUAAAUAUCAAAACCAUUCCAUAUGAAGGAGAUUUACCACACGAAAAGUGUUAUUAUUAUCAUCAAAACUUUUAUAAAAACAUUCUUGCUGAGGAAUCUGGACCAUGCACUGGCUCCCGGCUUCGUGACAAGAGGGCUAAUCAGAUGACAUCUCCGAAAACUAUUGAUGACGUAAAAGCUAUUCUUGGCGAUACUGAAGAUGGCGUAGAACCAAUUUAUCGGGUGCCUUGUGCUUCCCAUAAUGCACCUGAUGUGAAAACUGUUGCAACUGCAAUUUUCAACAUAAGUGAAAGGCAGCUCUAUGUUUAUAGGAGGAACCCGAAACUUUGUCGGGUAUCUUGCCUGACCUUACCAUUCUUGUAAUCCGAAUCUGAGACAGCUAUUCUUGUAACCGUAAGCAAUUCUUGUAACCUGAAGCUAUUCUUGUAACCGGAGCUAUUCUUGUAAUCCGAAUCUGAGACAGCUUUUCUUGUAACUGUAAGCAAUUCUUGUAACCUGAAGUUAUUCUUGUAACCGGAGCUAUUCUUGUAAUCCGAAUCUGAGACAGCUAUUCUUGUAACUGUAAGCAAUUUUUGUAACCUGAAGUAAUUCUUGUAACCGGAGCUAUUCUUGUAAUCCGAAUAUGAGACAGCUAUUCUUGUAACCGGAAUCUAUUUUUGUAACCGGAGCUAUUCUUUUAAUCCGAAAGUGAGACAAGUACCUUGUUUGACUUGAACAUUCUUGUAACCCGAAAAUGAGACGGGUACCUUGUCUGGCUUUUCUUGCAACACAUAAUGUUUGUCAUUGUAUUUAAAACACAACGGUUGGUGUAAGCAUAAACCUGCUUUAUCAAGCUACAAUUUCUAUAUUA